AUGAUCAAGAAUAAAUAUAGCAGAAGGAAUUCCACCAGCAACGAUCUUUGCCACCUGAUCGAAUAUAAUCUCUUUCGACCCCCCCUCUCCCCCGGAGUACCGGAAUUCUCGUCCAACUACAGUACACUGCCUGCAGUACGCCAAUCCGACUUGGUUCAAGUUCAACAAGAGAAAACGGGAAAAUCGACUAGACUAGUCCGUUGGACGAGUCAGCCUGGCUACGAUUCCUUCCACAGCUGUCCCGAUCUGUCCACCCUUCAGAUAUCCUCCUCCUCCUCCUCCCCCUCAUCAUCCCUGCUCCCAAACGCUACCGCCAACGGUUACGAGGCGACCGUCAACACUACUACCACCGCCCCAACCUCCCGUUCUCCCUCGCCUCAGAGUACUGUCAGUCUCCGGAACGGUCCUCGUACACUUGCGGCUACCAGAAAGCGGGUCUCCAAAAAGGCGCGCGGCGUCCUGGGUAAGGUUCGGGCCUUCCAGAGGAUCGCUGCGGCCAAGAUGGCUCAUCCCACCAUCAAAAUCGAUACGAGCGUCCAGGCUACCAAGCGCGCCCUUCCCGAGGACAACGAGGUAGGGCUGGACAUUAUAUAUGGCUCGGAUGAUGCUCCUGGGUUGGACGCCGGCGAUACUGAAUCCGUGCCGCCGUUUCUCUGCCAGUCGGUCUUAGAGAUCCAUCAAAAAUUCGAAGAGCUCGAAUGGAUGCAACGGAUGCGACUCCUGGAGGGCACGCAGGCCAACGACCCCUCACAUCGCUGGGCGCUAGAGGCAGACCCGGAAGUUAGAGCAAGGAACCGAUACAUGAACGUGCAGGCAUGGGCGAACUCUCGCAUUCACUUGCGCGUCCCCGAAGGCGAAUGCGAUUUCAUCAAUGCGUCUCCGAUCGUACUUCAAGAUUCAGUAUCGCAGCAGGCAAGGAGAUAUAUCGCGACCCAGGGCCCCAAGCUUGGUCAUGUCGCCCACUUUUGGCAGAUGGUGUUCCAUGAGAGCAAGGACGUUGGCGUAGUCGUCAUGCUCACGCAGACCUUCGAGUCCGGGCGCGAGAAGUGCUCCCAGUACUUCCCGCUCAACCGCGACAGCCCUUCCAUGCCUUUACGACGAGUCGAGUUCGAUCAGUACUCAAGCGACGACGAACAACACAGUGACGGGAAUCUUCUAGGAGAAGUUACACUCUUGGAGACCUCCUGGGAUCCCGCAUCGCGGUCUGAAAUUCGCAAACUCCAGCUCACCUUCGGCGGGGAGACCAAGACAGUGUGGCAUUUCUUGUUCGCUGGCUGGGCCGAUUACUCCAAACCCGAAGGCGACGAUCGCGAUGCGCUCCUCCAGCUAAUCAAGCUGUCCGGCUCGAAAAGCGCGCCGGAGAACCCCCGCAUUGUGCACUGCAGCGCCGGCGUGGGCCGCACCGGUACCUUCAUUGCGCUGGACCACCUGCUGCAAGAACUCGAAUCGGGCCAGCUGCUGGAGGCCGUCGACCCGGAGAUCGACCCGGUGUUCGAGACGGUCAACCAGAUGCGCGAGCAGCGAAUGAUGAUGGUUUACAAUGAGAUGCAGCUGCAGUUCAUAUACGAAGUUCUGCGCGAGCAGACCGAUCUCAAAUUGGGCAAGGCCAUUGGGCGCAAGUUGGACGAACGGUCCACCAAGAUGGCCAAGUUGUCCGUCAACGAGGUCAACUACCUGCCUUCCUCCAAACCCGAGUUGGAGCCCGCCGAGGAAAAUCCCUCGACGCCGACUCGUAGCUGGUCGGGGACACCGGAGGUGUCUGAUAAUGAAUAGCGCCCUCCCUACCUCCGCCGAUGACCCAUUACAUCCACACCCAUAAUUUUUCACAUAUAAUCCUUCCCGUAUAUAUUUAUUCUAUUCUAAUCGUCACUUACUUGCUCAAACUUCCAUUACCCCACCUUCCCUGCAUUUGUUCGCCAUUCCUACCUUCUUUUUCUACAAUAUAGUCAUGAUGAAUAGUUUAUGAAAUAUCCCAUGCCAUCGUUACAUCUUUUGCCUGCUAGCGCGCCUGUUUCCACCCAGUCGGCACCUGUGGCUUAAUGCUUGAAUAUUG